AUGGUGAACAUCACAGAGAAAAUCAAGGAGUGCGACUUUCUUCCCUUCUGCGAUGCGUUGCGGACUCUGACUCGGUUCCAGGAUCGAGGCCGAAAUGGCUCGGACUCAAAGUGGGUGACCAGAACUCAUCACAGAUCGGUUGGACCAGUAGCUGAUGGAUUCGCAGAAAACAAAGCCACAGAGUAUCACCUUGGUCUGCUGAAAGGCAAACUCGCCCGGCUACGAGCACAGUUACUUGAACCCGGACCAGGAGCCGGAUCAGGCGGCGGCGCAGGCUUCGAUGUUUCCAAGUCUGGCGAUGCGCGGAUUGCCUUGGUGGGCUUCCCGUCGGUUGGCAAAUCGACCUUCCUCUCCAAGAUCACCAAGACGAAAUCCGAAGUGGCAGCAUACUCCUUCACCACCUUGACCGCCAUUCCGGGAGUACUCGAGUACGGCGGGGCCGAGAUUCAGAUUCUCGAUCUGCCCGGUAUUAUCGAAGGAGCAUCGGAGGGCAAGGGGAGAGGGCGACAGGUGAUCAGUGCAGCAAAGACCUCGGACUUGAUUCUCAUGGUGUUGGACGCGACGAAACGCGCCGAGCAGCGAGCCCUGCUGGAAGCGGAACUGGAGGCAGUGGGGAUCCGGCUCAACCGCAGCCCGCCCAACAUCUACGUGAAAGCGAAGAAAGCCGGGGGCAUGAAGAUCACGUUCCAGGCGCCGCCGAAGUACCUGGACGAGAAGAUGCUGUACAACAUCCUGCGCGACUACAAGAUGCUGAACUGCGAGGUGCUGGUGCGUGACGAGAACGCGACGGUGGACGACUUCAUCGACGUGAUCAUGAAGGACCACCGCAAGUACAUCCGCUGCCUGUACGUGUACAACAAGAUUGACAGCGUCACCAUGGCCUACCUGGACGAGCUGGCGCGCGAGCCGCACACGGUCGUCAUGUCGUGCGAGCUGGACCUGGGCAUCGCCGACGUGGUCGAACGCUGCUGGCAGGAGCUGCGCCUCAUCCGCAUCUACACCAAGCGCCAGAGCAUCGACCCGGAUUUCGGCGAGGCCCUGAUCGUCCGCAGCGGCAGCACCAUCGAGGACGUGUGCGACCAGAUCCACCGCACCAUGAAGGACACGUUCAAGUACGCCCUGGUGUGGGGCGCCAGUGCGAAGCAUAUCCCCCAACGGGUCGGCUUAGGCCAUUUCGUGGCCGACGAGGAUGUCGUACAGAUUGUCAGCGCAUGGAGAGCGUAG